AUGGCAGGGAAUAGGCACGUAGGGACGUUUGAAGGUGUCAAGUCCGAGAGCCCUAAACGGCAAAGGUGUGUAAGCUGCUGCAGCGGUUCCCCAUCAUCGGCAUGGGCAGAUCAUCGGCACGAUCCCACGACUCAGCCAACAUGUUUUGCAAACACUGCGCGGCCUAUGUCCAUCAGUGGGGAUAUUGACAGCCUGGACAGCCUCGAAGCAUUCAAAGACAUCUCACGAGAAUUGGGUUUGCGAUGGCGGCACCAUACAAGCUAG